AUGCAGUACAAGUACCUUGCAGCUACCGUUCUCGCCCUUCUGGGCUCGGCCUCUGCGUGGGCACCCAUGGGCGACAGAGGCCAAAGUUGCCCAGACACGUGGAUCCAGUGCUACACCUGCGAUGGUGAAGGCGGCCAGCGUGGUCACUGUGGACCGCGCUCUGAGUACUCUGGUUGCGGCUGCAUCGACGAUGGCGGCUGGGGCGGCGACAACCAUGGUGGACAGGGACGAAACUGGGGAAACAACGAAGACCGCAAUGGCGGACAGGGACGAAACUGGGGGAACAACGACGGCCGCAACAACUGGUAG